UUCUGUAGUGCGAGCCAAUUCGAAGAGGGGCCAGCUGCACCGGCUGGCAUUGUAGUAUCUCAAGAUAGAAAAGAAGACAAAUCGAGCUUGGGACAAACUGUCUCGAUUGACAUCUGAUCGGCACCGCCUCAACGCACGUGCAGUAUUGCCGGCUGCUGAUCUUGGAAAAUUUCAGAGCUUUACCUCCUCCCGUUACGCCCAUCGGCGCCCAUCCUCAGGGAUUACACUGCAGAUCUCCGCAACCAAUUCGGCCAUUGACCUAGAUCUAUUUCACUCUCUGCUAAUUCUGUAUCUUGCUUGCCUGUACUCGGUUAACUCCUUCCAUCUGUAUAUCCUACCAUUAGAUGUCUCCUGUUGCUACCGCGGAUUUCGGGCCUCUUUUAGAGGCGCUUCGGGCAGCACCUUCGGCUCCAGAGGCCAAGGGCGCUGCCGAUCGCAUUGCUCGCGAGGUUUCCAAGUCUGGUCUCCAAUCGCUCGAGGAUCAGGGUCUUCUCAAAGGCCUCUACGCUUUUGCCACGAACAAAAAAUCGGGAUAUGAACGGGAAUCCGCCGCUAUCGCCUUCCAGUCCCUCGCCAACACAUUCGGCGCCCCCAUUGCUCCUCUCCUCCUCCCGUCUCUUCCCUUCUUGUUCGAACUCUACAUGGACAAGGGCGAUGUUGUGCGCACUGCGGCGAGUGCUGCUGUAAAGGCCAUCCUCAAAUUGUUUCCUCCCGAAGCUACCCGGAUCGUGUUUCGUGAACUGGAGUCUAUCCUGGUUGUAGGGAAAUGGCGGACCAAAGUCGGCGUCCUGGAUGCAUUCCGGUCUUUCGUGACGCCGGCUCGCGAUGCUGUUGGCGCCGAACUAGUGAACGUUUUGCCGAAGAUUGAAGGUGCCAUGCAUGACACAAAGCAAGAAGUCUCUGCCGCCGCAGUCAAGUGUGCAACCGCAUUGUGCGCUACACUUGCAAAUCCCGACCUCGCACCUCACAUUCCUGUUCUCGUGAAAUGCAUGGCCAACCCGGACUCCGUCCCUGCCUGCAUCAAAGCGUUGUCUUCGACCACUUUUGUCGCUGAAGUCACCGCCCCGGCUUUGGCUGUCCUUGUCCCGCUGUUGAUUCGCGCGUUGAACGAUCGAAGCAUGGAAACGCAGCGUCGCACUGUGGUCGUGAUAGACAAUCUAGUGAAGCUUGUCCGAGAUCCCAAGGUUGCCGCACAGUACUUGAGCACGCUUGUGGAGGGCGUAGAGAAGAUUGCUAAAGGCGCCGCCUUCCCAGAAGUUCGUGCAUUCGGAGAAUCAGCACUGCAGACUCUGAUCAAAUCCGGGGCGUCUGCUGCUGGGGCAGUAGUCGAGAACCGUGAUAUCGGCGGAGAAACAUCAGAAGCUCAGACGACUCUUCUGACUUUGCUGCCCGAGGACCUCGCAACAGGUCCUCCGAAUGGUCCCCGGACUGCUAAAUUCUCUCUCUUGGCGCAAUCCCUAGCCUUCCAAGCAUCUCUAGUAGCAGAUCUGGUUCACGGGCGAGCAUUCGGAGAUAAGCAGAUCUGGUAUCGCUGCGUUGGCGUCUUCCUGGAACCAUGGACCGAUGGUGAGCGAGCGACGGCGUUUAGCGAAGCGGUGCGCUCCCAUUUCCACGCGAUUGAGCAGGCAAAGUACCAGGUUGUGGCUGCGGAUGACGAAGAGGGCGAGGUGCUGUGUGACACACUGUUCUCUCUUGCUUAUGGUGCUCUGCUUCUGCUAUCACACACCACCCUCCGCCUUAUCCGCGGUCGCCGUUAUGGUAUCCUCGGGACGAACGGGUCUGGCAAGUCAACGCUCAUGCGCCAGUUACGCGACGGCAAAGUCGAAAACUUUCCGCCCCAAUCUCAGCUACGCACUGUCAUGGUCGAGCAUGCCCUCCAGGGAGAAGACACUACCUUGUCGGUCAUCGAUUUCAUCGCAUCUGAUCCCCAGCUGAAGCAGAUUCCGCGGGCCAAAAUUCGGGAUCAGCUACUCGAGGUUGGGUUCGAUGAUGCUCGCCAGUCCGAUCUUGUCGGUGGCCUAUCCGGCGGCUGGAAGAUGAAGCUCGAGCUUGGUCGAGCCAUGCUGUACAACGCAGACAUCCUUCUGCUCGAUGAGCCCACUAACCACUUGGAUCGCGCAUCUGUCCUGUGGCUCGAGAAAUACCUCAAGGCCCAGAAGAACGUCACUUGCCUGGUAAUCAGUCACGACUCCGGCUUCCUCGACAAUGUGACCACCGACAUCAUCCACUACGAGUCGAAAAAGCUCGUCUUUUACCCGGGAAAUCUUUCCCACUUUGUAUCGAUCCACCCCGAGGCCAAGUCAUACUACACGCUGGCCGCGACAUCUGUCAAGUUUUCCUUCCCUGCGCCGGGAUCUUUGAUGGGCGUCCGCAGCAACACACGAGCGAUCCUCAAGGUGUCCAACUGCACGUUCACAUAUCCAGGCAGAUCGAUUCCAAGCUUGUAUAACGUCAGUUGUGCGCUCUCCUUGUCCAGUCGUGUCGGUGUUAUUGGGCCCAACGGAGCGGGCAAGUCGACUUUGAUCAAACUGCUGACGGGUGAAACAGUUCCGCAAGAGGGAACCGUGUACAAGCACCCGGCUUUGCGUGUCGGUUACGUUUCUCAGCAUGCGACCCACCACAUAGAACGCCAUCUCGAGAAGACACCAAUUCAAUACAUCCAGUGGCGCUUCCAGGACGGCCAUGAUCGUGAACUGUUGGAGAAAGCAACUCGCGUGCUGACGGACGAAGAGCAGAAGGCGCUCGAUCAGGAUUGGGUCGGCAGAGACGGAUCCAAGCGCAAGUUCGAGAUGGUGAUGGGUCGUCAAAAACUGAAGAAGAACUUCCAAUACGAAGUCAAGUGGAAAGGCCUAGACCACAAAUGGAAUACCUGGGUGCCGCGUGAAGAGUUGAUUGCCAAGGGCUUUUCGAAACUAGUGCAGCAAUUCGAUGACCUCGAGUCGUCACGUGAAGGUGCUGGAACGCGUGACACGGCAGCCCAUCUCGUCCGCAAGCAUCUGGAGGAUAUCGGUCUCGAUGGAGAUAUCGCGCAGUACAACGAGAUCUCUGGACUGUCCGGUGGCCAGAAGAUCAAGCUGGUCAUCGCUGCUUGCUUGUGGAACAACCCUCAGAUUUGUAUUCUGGAUGAACCGAGUAACUUCUUGGAUCGUGAAGCACUAGGGGGCCUUGCCGUCGCCAUCAGAGACUGGGCCGGUGCUGUGGUUAUCAUCUCCCACAACGAAGAGUUUGUGGGUGCAUUAUGUCCUGAGAUCUGGAAUGUGGAAGCUGGGCGGAUGAAGCAACAGGGCAAAGCUGGGAUCGUCGAGGACGCCUUUUUGGACGGGAAAUCACCCAAAGGAAGCGGGGCCAACACCCCAGCGCGCUCUCGUCUGGCGACGCCCGCUGCUUCGGUGAACGGAACGCCCGUUGGAAGUGGGGAGGAGGACAAUGGGUCGCCCAAGCCGGUCGCCCGGAAAAAGAAGAAGCCGACCCGUAACCAGGUCAAGGCGCAGGAGGAGCGUCGGCGACUGCGGAAGCUGGCCUGGCUGACCCACGGUGGGCCGAAGCCAGAGGACACUGACAGCGAGACCGAGCCUGUGUAGGUAGCUGGUGUGUAUUAUUUAUCUAGAGAAUACACCGGAGAUGACUUAUAUCGUACUCGGUAUGUAAAUCAGUCUGCUUGCAGUAGUGUCUACAGUAAUGCUGGGAUAUAUAACUAAGUAAGUGAACAGACAACAAGUGCGAGCGAUCUCCAUAACUAGGUGGGGGGUGGCAGUACGGUAUGUAAUCAAUAACAGGUCCGUCACGACGAGAUCUGAGCGAAAUAGCGUGAGAUUAAGGCACAUAAGUUAGGAAGCCAAGAAGGAUCUAGGAAUGAAACUCAUCCCACCAAGAAGCCAGUGACGCUAGCAACCACGAGCGAACGUCCAUUCAGUAGCCCCGGGGGCCCCAUUUUCGAGAGUCAAUGGCUUCCUCCUGGCUCCUGCCACGUCGAUGGGAAGAGGACACCUGCUGUGCCGAUCCCCGGGGCUCGUACUCCCCGUCGUCGAUGCCCUGCUCGUCCGACGAGAGCGAGAACGACUGGUGCGCAGAAUUGCUCUGCCGAUUCGUCUGUCGCAUCGACUGCCGCUUGUUCUGGAACCUAUCCGGGGUUUAAUAUCAGGUCUUGGACCCGAAAUGAAGGCUCACCAGAUUUGGACGCUUCUCGGCGACAUGUCGAGGGCCUUGGCUAACGCUAGUCGCUCGUCCGUCGACGGAAAUGCGGUCCUGGCGUACGUAUCAUUCAGCACUCGCAAUUGGGCUGCAUCAGCCCGUUUCCGUUUCUUCUUGACCGUGGGCUCGUCGGCGCUCGUCGGCGACACCGGUGGCGGUGUCGGCGGGGCUCGGCCGUACGGGGAACUCGAGCGCAGUGCAUCGGGCAUCAUAUGCGUGCCUAGGGGUUGGUACGAAUAGUUGGGUGGUUGCUGAUAAGCGGAGUUGUAUGGGACUGGGUACGACGCAGUCGGCGAUCGGAUCCCAGUGUUUUGUUGAGCGCCGUUGAAGCCAUGAGGCGCGUAGGAGCUGUUCCAUCUGUCAUCGCGAGCUGGCCCAGGAGUCGUACUCAGCGGCGGUAGCUUCCGCAUGUCGGAGGUCUGGCCUGGGGCAACUGAUGCUGAGCGCGGAACGUACAUUGCCGCGGAGUACGCUGGCUGUGACGACGCGAAGCGCGUGUCCUCAUAAAAGUAGCUGGGCUGGGGGGCGGGCAUAG